CGUUAUCAUUAUUUUCAUGUUGGCAACACGCAGGUGUCCGUUCAUUUGUCAAUACCGGGGCCAAUACUCCCGCCUCACGACUGCUGCUCCGCUAGUGUUCUCCGAGGAUGACAGUCCAGCGGCAUCUCCGCCUUUACAUCGUGCACCCCCUCCCCUUCUCCUAGUCACACAUUCUCACUGUAACUCCAACUGUAGAUCACAGGUAAUAUAAUCGUCGAAAAAAGGACCUUACAUCAAAGAAAAGGGAAGAAAGAAAUAAGGCAAGCAAUGCUAUCUUCUGACAAUAUCUCAUUCAGUUUGAGAGCGCAGCAGGAUGAAUUUAAUCUUCUCAAGAUUCUUGGCAUACUUUUACUUCGGAUUCCAAGUUAUUCUACAGUUCUUCAUCGACCCUUGUCACCUCCAUCCCCAGCCGUGCCACAUUCUGGCGCAGAUAGGACACACCGUGCGCCUUGGUGCCCUUCUGCCCACCCGCCAGCCAGCCAGAGUGCAGGCUGCCUUGAACCGCGCCCUCACCGGUCUCGUUCAAACUGGGGACAACUUUCUACCUUACAACCUGAGCCUGGAAGUGGUUCCUCGAGAGCCGGCCAACGGAGACCCGGAGUCCCUUUUCAGGUGUGUUUGUCAGGCUAUCGUUGUUCAGGGGGUCUCCGCUGUUCUCGCCUUCCCCCAGACCCAGGAAGAGAUCGUACAAGUGGAAUUUAUGGCUUCUUUUUUGGAAAUCCCCUUUAUAAGCAUCAUUGAACACGGAGAGCCUCUGAAAACACAGAACCGCUUCCACUUGCAGAUGGUUACGCGGAUCCCCCCGUCAGGCCUGUCAGAGCUGCUGCUGACUAUUCUCCAGCGGAGCGGCUGGCAGGAGGGCAUGGCUGUGCUGUGCCAGGGCUGGGAGGAGGCUGGCCUGCUGGAACUACUGGAGCUCCAGAGCCGCCUUGGCUGGGGCGCCACCCGCUGGCACCUCCGAGCCCUCCUCAACCUCACCCGGGCCGGGCCCACAGAAUCCGAAAUCCAGGACUUCCUUUCGGAACACUUCCGGGGACAGGGGCCAAGUCAGAUUCUGCCACCAGCCGCGGUACUGCUGUUCGGGGCCGACCCGGAGUGUGCAGCGGCGGUGCUGCGGAGUGCCCAGGACUUGGGGCAUACACUGCCCACAGUGCACUGGGUGCUGGGCUACCCGCUGAGCCCCGACACCCUGCACUCCAUCGGCCUGCCCCUGGGGCUGCUAGCCUACGGUGAGGUGGAGCGCAAGCCGCUGGACUUCUACAUCCGCGACGCGCUGCAGCUGGUGGGCCAAGCUGUGGCAGCAGCCACAGUGGUGCGUCCCGACCUGGCGCUCAUCCAGAACAUGGUCAACUGCUACGACAAGCCCAACAAGCACGAGGUGCCCUCGUCCGGACAGUAUCUCGCCAGAUUCCUGUCUAACACGUCGUUCUCAGGGCUGACAGGGCCGGUGUCGGUGCAGAGGAACCUGUCCCGGGUUCUCACCUCUCAGCGCUUCCACAUCUGGAGCCUGCGGCGGGAUGCGGUGGGCCAGCCCACCUGGGUGACGGUGGGCAGCUGGGAGGGGGGCCGCCUGAAGGUGGAGGACCAGAGCCUUUGGCAGGGUCCCAAUGGCAAGGGCCACGACCGGGGGGAGGGCCAGAGGAGUGGGGGCCGGUGGCAGCCAGGCAUGCCUGUGGCAGACAGCCGGGUGCGGGUAGUUACCCUGGUGGAGCAUCCCUUUGUAUUCACGCGGGAAGUCGAUGAGGACGGGAACUGCCCGGCGGGACAGUACUGCCUGGAUGCAGGGACGAACAGCUCGGACAUGCUGGAGAGCUACUUCAGCGAGCGUGCCUCGGGAAACUCUACCUUCCUGCCCACGGACUACAGCAAGUGUUGCUACGGAUACUGCAUUGACCUGCUGGAGAAACUGGCAGAGGACUUGCGCUUUGAGUACGACCUGUACAUCGUGGGUGACGGGAAGUAUGGAGCGUCGAAGAGCGGCCGCUGGACAGGGCUGGUGGGCGACCUGCUCAAUGGCGUGGCCGACAUGGCCGUCACCUCAUUCAGCAUUAACUCAGUGCGUAGCCGCGUCAUCGACUUCACGUCGCCCUUCUUCUCCACCUCGCUAGGCAUCCUGGUGCGCAGCAAGGACACAGCGGCGCCCAUUGGCGCCUUCAUGUGGCCCCUUCACUGGUCCAUGUGGGUGGGUAUCUUCGUGGCACUGCACAUCACCGCCCUCUUCCUCACCCUCUACGAGUGGAAAAGCCCUUUUGGCAUGACGCCACACGGACGCAACCGCCUGCGGGUCUUCUCUUACUCGUCGGCGCUCAACCUGUGCUACGCCAUCCUGUUCGGCCGCACGGUCUCCAGCAAGACGCCCAAGUGCUGGACGGGUCGGUUUCUGAUGAACCUGUGGGCCAUCUUCUGCCUGCUGGUGCUGUCCAGCUAUACAGCCAACCUGGCCGCCGUCAUGGUCGGCGAGAAGACCUUCGAGGAGCUCUCGGGGAUCCACGACGCCAAGCUCCACCACCCGUCCCAUGGUUUCAGGUUUGGGACGGUGAGGGAGAGCAGUGCCGAGGAGUACAUGAAGAAGAGUUUCCCAGAGAUGCACGAGUACAUGAGGCGCUACAAUGAGCCCACCACACCUGAUGGAGUGUCCACCCUCAAGGUAGAUCCCCCUCAGCUUGAUGCCUUCAUCAUGGACAAGGCCCUGCUGGACUACGAGGUGUCCAUCGACGCAGACUGCAAGCUGCUCACCGUGGGCAAACCCUUCGCCAUCGAAGGCUAUGGAAUAGGCCUACCGCAGAACUCCCCUCUGACCAACAACGUGUCAGAGUUCAUCAGUCGCUACAAGUCAGACGGCUACAUGGACAUGCUGCACGACAAGUGGUACAAGGUGGUGCCCUGUGGGAAGAGGGUAUUCGCCGUCACCGAGACUCUCCAGAUGGGCAUCCGUCACUUCUCAGGGCUGUUUGUGCUGCUGUGUGUGGGCGUGGCCACAUCGCUGCUCACCCUGGCUGGGGAGCACGCCUUCUAUCACAUGGUGCUGCCCCGCAUCCGACGCCGACAAAAGUACAAGUACUGGCUCCACACCAGCCAGAAAAUCCACCGAGCCCUGAACCAGACCUAUGAGGACGUGAAGAAGAAGCAGGACACCAACACAGAGAAAAGUAGCUGCUGCAUCCAGAAGAACCAGCACCCCCAGCCUCCCCCUGACCCCCUUCUCUCCAGGGCAUCGGCCAAGUGGAACAACGAGAACAGCAGGGACACUGCAGCCACUAAGGACAACAAGCGCGUACACUUUAACCUGGAGACCCUCAACAGCCGCCGCCUGCUAGCCCGGGCCGUGACCAAGUCCGAAGGGGGGAGAGGGGGGGAAGGUAUCCCUGGUGCUAACCAGGCAACACGUGUCUGUGCAAACGGAGGCUUCGGGACUUCCUUUGCCAGCCUGGUGCUCUCCCUCCCCUCCUCCUCUUCUUCUUCAUCCAUCCCUUCAUCUUCCUCCUUGGGCGCUCCUCCAAGGCCAGGGGAGCUACAAGAGCUACAGGAGAAGAUCGACCUGAUCCGGGAUCAGCUAAGGACGGCUCUGGCCAGGAGGGCUGAGCUGCAGACUUCUCUGGCCAAGGAGAAGGCUGCCUGCUCUGCACCCAUAGUGUCAGGAACGCCCCCCGUGGUUUUAGCCGCAGCAUCCCUCCACACCUCCACCAAAACCACCUCGUCCCUCCCCUCCACCCGCUGUGCCACCACCAUGACAGACCCUGUCCUCAAGGCCCUGCCCACAGUCCGCACAGCCCCCGCCAAACACACCAACGAGAAGAGGUGAUGCCCCUCUGAGGAUUGGACACAGACCAAUCAAUGGUGUAGUAAGGGGUUAAAAGGGGAGGGGUUUGUUGAAAGCAGCUGGAUUCCCUUGGUUUGGAUGUAUCCUUUUCCUGUGAUCCUGAUGCCGUAGCAUGGCAGCUCUUUCCCUGGACACCAACCUUUCAACCUUUUGCUACUGGGUGAAAAAGAAAGAGCUUCUAGGGCAUUGGGAAUUCCUUGUGCUCUACGCUGCCCAACUGCCUCAUAUGGCUGGUAAAAUGUGUGCAACCUCAGGCCUACUUGAAUACAGCAUAUCGUGCCAAUGCGGUGGGGCUGGAGGUACCAGCACGCCCACCCAUGGCACUGCAUCUGUUCUGUGAACUGAGCCAUUCAACUUUCUAGCGCUCACUCCUCUGCCACAGGACCCGACUCCCGCGGAGGAAUCAGGAGUGGUGCGUUGUAUGUUUUCUUUCCUUUGAGAUCCGAAUCGAUAUUGUUCACUGGCUUUGAUCGACAUGUUUUUCAAGAAUAAAAGUCUGAUGAAAGUGUUGGUUGUGAUGAAGGUUGAAUGUGAAUCCUUGUCAUGUGUACUUUGUGUGGUCUGUAUUUUUACCUUUCGGGUACUGAGGGUGACAUUUCUGUGAUUUCAGUGAUAGAAUAACAGGUAUUAGGCAUGUUUGAUGUCUGGCAGUGUAUAGAGAGCAAUAGUAAUGGCGUCUUUUUGUAGGCACUAAGUCCACCAUGGUUGGUUGGGAAAAAGCCUACGGGAAAAUAGAGUUUUUGUAAGGUUUUUGGAUAAACGCCAAAAAAUAAGGUCUGUGGUACACGCAGGCUUAGGAGAUCUUUUACGGUUUGUUCGAUGAGAAUCUUUUUCAGCUAACGUCACUGAGAAUUGAAUAAUUUAUGCAAAAAAAUAAAAUAAUAAAUCAGCACACAAAAGGUCACAUUAACUGACUCCGAACAGAAGAUCUUCUAAGCCUGCGUUAACCUUACUAUCGCCAUUUAUCCCACAACCCUAUUCUUUCCCCAUAGGAAUGGCUGAAUGAACCAGGAGGUUACUCAUUUCUGGUUUCUACGACUACAAGCUGGCGAGCUCUAUUACACAUUAACUCUAAACAUGUAUUCACAUUUAAACAAGUAAACAGGGUGUCAUUUCUCCUUUCUGAUAUAGGAUCCUUUUGUCAAAUAAGGGGUUUCCCCAUGAACAUGAUCCAAAUAUGGAUGUGACAGGAUUUGAAAUAUGUCAACAUACAAUACCCAGGAAGUUCCUAUUUUGUGACCAAUAAAAUUGUAUUUGCUUUUACAAGGGAGGUCUCCUGACCUCAGUGGGACUUACUGGAUAAAUAAAAGGUAAAAACAAUAUAUAUUA